CAGUUGAGCAAUCGGUGAUUAAAAAAAAAUUCCACACCCAAACCCUAGCCCCGCACCGAUCCCUCUCCCUCUCCCGCCGCCACCGCCUCCGCCUCCGCCUCCCCUCGCGCCGUCGCCGUCGCCAAGAGCCGCCACUUCCGCUUCCGCCUCUGCCUCGUCCAAGUCCAAGCCAACUACCUAAACCUAAACCCUAUUCUUCUUCUUUCGCCUCCGCCGCGAUGUCGUCGGAGCCUCCACCCGAUGCCGCCGCCGCCGCCGCCUCCUCCGCGGGGGAUCUCGCGGCCGAUCUCUCCUCCGCCACCAUCAGCAAGAAGCAGCUCAAGAAGGAUGCGAGGAAGGCGGAGAAGGCCGAGAAGGCGUCGCAGCGCCAGCAGCAGCAGCAGCCGCAGGCCGACGCCGACGACCCCUUCGCGGCCAACUACGGCGACGUCCCCGUCGAGGAGAUCCAGUCCAAGACCAUCUCCGGCCGCGUGUGGACCGAGAUCGGCGGCCUCGACGAGGCCGCCGCCGGCCGCUCCGUCCUCAUCCGCGGCGCCGCGCAGGCGAUCCGGCCCGUCAGCAAGAAGAUGGCCUUCGUUGUGCUGCGCGAGAGCAUGAGCACCGUCCAGUGCGUGCUCGUCGCCAGCGCCGACGCAGGGGUCAGCACCCAGAUGGUGCGCUUCGCCACCUCCCUCAGCAAGGAAUCAAUCGUCGACGUCGAGGGCGUCGUCUCCCUCCCCAAGGAGCCCCUCAAGGCCACCACGCAGCAGGUGGAGAUUCAGGUGAGGAAGAUCUAUUGCAUCAAUAGGGCGAUCCCCACCCUUCCAAUCAACCUUGAGGAUGCCUCACGGAGUGAGGCUGAAAUUGAAAAGGCUGAACAAGCUGGAGAGAAGCUAGUUCGUGUGGGCCAAGAUACUCGCUUGAACUAUAGAGCUAUUGAUCUCCGGACACCUGCAAAUCAAGCAAUAUUCAGAAUUCAAUGUCAAGUUGAGAACAAAUUCAGGGAAUAUUUUCUGUCGAAAAAUUUUGUUGGGAUUCACAGCCCAAAGCUAAUUGCUGGAUCCAGCGAAGGUGGUGCAGCUGUAUUCAAGCUACAGUACAAUGGACAGCCAGCAUGUUUAGCACAGUCUCCUCAGUUGUAUAAGCAGAUGGCUAUUUGUGGUGGGUUUGAACGUGUAUUUGAGGUUGGACCUGUUUUUAGAGCUGAGAAUUCAAACACUCACAGGCAUCUGUGUGAGUUUGUUGGCCUUGAUGCUGAGAUGGAGAUUAAGGAACAUUAUUUUGAGGUUUGCGACAUAAUAGAUGGUUUGUUUGUAGCAAUAUUUAAACACUUGAAUGAAAAUUGCAAGAAAGAACUAGAGACAAUAAACAGGCAAUAUCCAUUUGAACCUCUGAAGUAUUUAGAGAAAACUUUGAAGCUCACGUAUGAAGAAGGAAUUCAAAUGCUGAAGGAAGCUGGAACAGAAAUCGAACCCAUGGGUGACCUCAACACUGAAGCUGAGAAAAAACUAGGCCGGCUUGUUAAGGAGAAGUAUGGAACAGAAUUUUUCAUCCUCUAUCGGUAUCCUUUGGCUGUGCGUCCCUUCUACACCAUGCCUUGUUAUGACAACCCAGCUUACAGUAACUCUUUUGAUGUCUUUAUUCGAGGAGAGGAAAUAAUAUCUGGAGCACAAAGAAUACAUUUACCAGAGCUAUUGACGAAACGUGCAACAGAGUGUGGAAUUGAUGCGAGUACUAUUUCAUCAUAUAUCGAAUCGUUCAGCUAUGGUGCACCUCCUCAUGGUGGUUUUGGUGUCGGCCUGGAGAGGGUGGUAAUGCUGUUCUGCGCCCUAAACAACAUCAGGAAGACAUCACUUUUCCCUCGCGAUCCACAAAGGCUGGUGCCAUAAUUUGCUUUUUUUCCCAAGAGCAAGGUUUGGACUCAGUACGGACUGGGCAGUUUUCCUCGGCUGGUUUUUUUACCUGGACAUUAUUUUCGUAUUUAUUAAUGUGCUGUACUGCAAAAGCUGCUCCUUUCCACAACAUUUGGAAUAGUUGCCGAUACAUUUGGAAUAGGGCUCAACGUUGGCGUUGUGAUUUCGUUGAUGAUUCCGCUAUUCGUAACAAUGGCGAAUCCAGAGCAGAAAUGACCCUAUGUCAGAAACAUAUCACAUACUCGUAUGCCUAUAUUUCCAAAAGAUAAGGGAUUAUGGAAGGAUGACAUAUUCAAGUCCCAAAAUACAAGGUGUGGUUUGACUCGUGGUCUUCAACAUCCAA